GCUGAGAGAUCGAACUCAGGCUUUGUGUUUGUUGUUAUUUGUCCACUAGGUAUGCCUACAACCACCUAAUACAAUUCAAAGCACACCACGAUGGUGAGUUACCUGACUUCGUGACCGCCUUGUAAAUGUAUCUGAUAGAAUUGAGUCACUAUCAACGCAAAGGACUAGAAACAUGACAUUGGUUUAUGCCUCGUGUCUAAUCAAUGCACUCCAUGGUCUGAUGGAGUUAUCACCAUUUUUUCGUAUGAUCAUUAUAUAUGUAAUUGGAAUGUUUGGUGGUGGACUAGUUGUCCACCUUUAUCACAUACAACGUGACGAUAAUUUAUAUACAUCAGUUAUCAGUGCUGCUAAAUCACCACAGCUGUUGACUAAUGAUGACGCGUAUAAACACUUGAUUCACUCCAAUGAUUCAACUCAUGAACAUGCUUUACAACAUUUGGCUGAAGCAACAUUGGCUAACGCAUUGGCUGAACAAGUACGCGUAUUCUGUUGGAUAGUUACAAUGCCAAAAAAUCAUCAGUCAAAAGCUGUUCACGUUAAAGCAACAUGGGCUGGUCGAUGCAAUAAAUUUUUAUUUAUUAGUAGUGAAAAUGAUGAAAAACUUCCAUCAAUAGCCGCAGUUAACAAGGAAGGCCGUGAUAUGCUAUGGAAUAAAACAGCUGCAGCGAUCAAAUAUAUUGCAAAGCAUUAUGUUAAUGAUUACGAUUACUUUUUGAAAGCAGAUGAUGACUCUUAUAUUAUUGUUGAAAAUCUACGUAAAAUUUUAUACAAACACAAUCCUGAUGAACCCUUCAUUAUGGGUAGACGAUUUAAGCCAUAUGUUAAACAAGGUUAUAUGUCUGGUGGCGGGGGUUAUGUCCUGUCACGUGCUGGUAUUAUCAAUAUAGCUAAUGGUUUACAGAAUACCACAGAUUGUAUAAAUGGUAAAUAUUCAUUUGCUGAAGAUGUCAAACUUGGUCUUUGCGCUGAAGCUACACACGUCAGCAUAGUCGACAGUUUAGAUGCAGAAGGCCGUGAAUGCUUCCAUCCUUUCUCUCCAUCCAGUAUGCUUACAAAAGAUCCCAAAGGUUAUCCUGACUGGUUUUUGAAGUAUAAUUACCACAGAAUAGAUACAGGUUUCGACUGCUGCAGUGAUUAUGCGGUUUCUUUUCAUUAUAUAACACCAGGAGAAAUGUAUCUCUUUGAAUAUAUGCUCUACCAUCUACAUCCAUAUGGUAUACAUCGAGAUUUUAUGGAUUUAAUGAACUACUUACAGAAGAAAAGUAUUUCUUAGCGUAUACAAUAUGUAUAAAUAGACAACUAGCCUUCUUCUUUACCUGAGCUACAUUUGUGUUACUUUACUGUUUAAUAUAUUUCAAUUUUAUCACAGUACAUAUCAUCAAAUGAACUUAAAUCACGUUCAUGAUCAGGGAAUUUCUAAGCUGAUCAAGGCCAUGUCAGGGCGUGUUAAGCAGAUUUCGGCCUAAUAUUUAUUUGUUUUAUUUUUCAAAUUGUAACUGUGUAUGUACUGCCUUCUAUUUUUUUAUUUAUUUUUUUCUUAUUGGUUCAUUUUAUGAUAUUGAGAAAAAUUGUGUACAGACUACUCUGUCCCUGUGUACGUGUGUGUUUUAUGUGAGGUGAUUAGGGCCCAAUUUCUAUAAGGCAUUAAUGUAAUGUCUCAGUAAUGUAUAUUGGCCAAUCCGACUUGUUUCUACGUGUUUUAAUAGUAUUUUUAUUUGUACACACUGAAUAAAUCCAAUGCCCUUUCCUACCUGUUCUGCAAAUGAAAACAGACGUAUCUGUGUUUAUGUACAAUUUAUGGUGUGUAUGUACAUAAUAUAGAUAAUGUAUAAUUAAAGAUGUUUUUUAUGAUGGUGUAAAUGUUUUUACUCAGAUCUUGACACUUACAAAGAAAAAAUUACAAUAUUACGAUUGUAGCAAUUAGAUUUGUUUUUAAAAAAUGAUCACAGAUUGAAAUAAGUUAGAGUAACAUUGAAAGCUAGGGAGUACUUGACAGCUUCGAUGUUUUCAAUGUAGUUACUGUCCACGCCAGGUAAAAUACAUAGUCGCAUCAUCCUAGAGAGAAUAAAGGAUGAGCUGGAUACAGAACUCCACUUAUCAGAACAAGCUGGAUUCAGGAAAGGCAAAUUAUUUGCUAAUCAAAUUGCAUCUCCACACAUCCUCAUCACAGAACGAACCAUAGAAUAACUCAACAUCAUCGAUAUCGUAAAGGCCUUCGACAAACAGCGUUGACAGAGAAGUAAUUUGGAAACAACUUCAACACUACAGCGUGCAGUGCACAAAUAUUUAUUAACUCCAUUCAUCACCUAUACGACAACGCCAGGAGACAGUCGGAAGAUCCACAACGCAAAAUAAACUCAGCCAGGAAUUGUUUACAUAUUCAAUCUCUUUCUUACCAUCCCUUAAUCUUAUCACAUCUUCAUUAAAAACGUGUCUCAUUUACUCCCCUUACAAUCUAUCACUACUGAAUCGGUUCAUUUGUUUUUACUAGCCUUUAUCGACUACUUCCGCUUGAACAUUUGCUUGUUUAAUCAUGCUGUUAUUUCAUCAUUCUUGUUAUCGCAGAUUGCCUCACUUUUCAUCCUUAUUAUUGAUUAAACCCUUAUUAUUAUUAUAAGUCAGUAGAACAACUGGAUCUCGUCUUUCCAACUCAUGUCAUUAAUAGGUACAACAUUUUCUUUUUCUUUCUCUCUUUUUCUUUUCUCUCUCGUUUUUUCUUGUUUGUGUGCUGCUUUGUUUCUUUCUUCCUUACAAACUCUAUUUAAAACAUUCUUCUUCUUUCUUUCACACUCUGUAUAUCUCGACUUUUUGUUACCG